AGUACUUUUCCACUGAAAUCCACUGAAUCGAUUUGUUGAGAACAUUUUAACAAACACAGCACUUUCUUCACUUUCUUCGAAGUAAACACAAAGGAUGUUCCGUCUUACGUAGUCUGUAGUCGUGUUUAAGUUUUUCGUUCAUUUUUAAAUUAAGGAUUCAAGUGACAUUGUCAUAAACAUUCGCUGGCAGUGGAAACGAAUAAAUGCAAAAUUGUUGCCAAUUAAAUCAUCAAAUGAUUGUGUGUCUAUAAAGUGGAAGGAAGCUAUUGCAGUAAAAACACUUGGAUCAACUUGUAUCAUAAAAUAAGUUCAUAACAAAUGGAGGAUAUUACGAAGUUGAAGAAUUUACAGUAACAUCCAGGAAAUAACUGACAACGUGCAGUGCUUAUCAUUUCAUUUAUCCCAGCAAUUAAAAACAUUUCUUUUAACGACUUUAUCAUCGGAAGAAAAAUGAAUUUAGAACGUCAACCACUACUUGGACACUCAUCCGAUCCGUCAGACACAGAACCAAUACAAUCGAUUCCACGACCUGAUCUGAGAACGUCACCCGAAUCGGCUUUGGUCGAUGUACAAAGUGAAGAAGAUGGUUCAGGCUCCGCAUCAGGAGGAUCAAAAGAUUCUAAUGAAAGCGAUCGCUUCUACAAUCCAUCUCAACAUCGAGAUUUGGAACAUCCGACUUCAAAUCUGGACACACUAAUCCACCUACUUAAAGGUAACAUCGGGACAGGUAUAUUAGCCAUGCCAGAUGCUUUUAAAAAUGCUGGCUUAUAUGUUGGUCUCUUUAGCACAAUGCUUCUCGGUGCUAUAUGUACGCAUUGUAUGCACAUGCUCGUAAAAUGCUCUCACGAAUUAUGUCGGAGAAAGCAGAUGCCGGCUUUAAGUUUCCCAGACGUAUGCUCGAGUGCAUUCGAAACCGGCCCAUUUGGAUUGAGGAAGUACGCUCCGUUAGCCCGGCAAAUCAUCAAUAUUUUUUUGUGCAUUACUCAAUUGGGCUUUUGUUGUGUGUACUUUGUGUUCGUGGCCGUUAACAUUAGAGAUGUUGUUGCUCAUUAUUUUGAAGCUGUGGAUCUGUCGAUUCGAUUUUAUUUACUGGUAAUGCUAGUGCCAAUGAUAACGUUAAAUUUGCUGAAGAAUUUGAAAUAUUUAACGCCCGUCUCGCUAUUUGCAUCGGUGCUGACCGUUACAGGUCUUGCGGUUACAUUCCACUACAUGCUACAAGACUUACCAAAGACAUCAACUGUGCAUGGAUUUUCCAGUUGGGCCACUCUUCCGCUGUAUUUCGGUACGGCAAUCUAUGCAUUUGAAGGUAUCGGCGUUGUGUUACCGUUGGAAAACAAUAUGAAAACGCCAGAAGACUUCAGAGGACCAUUUGGUGUUCUAAAUACCGGCAUGGUUAUAGUUGCUUGCCUUUACACAGCUGUCGGAUUUUUCGGUUAUCUCAAAUAUGGAGACCAUGUUAAAGGCAGCAUAACGCUAAACCUGCCACCGGAUGACAUUCUUGCUCAAUCUGUUCGAGUGAUGAUGGCAUUGGCUAUAUUCUUGUCGUACGGUCUGCAGUUCUAUGUGCCUAUUAACAUUGUUGGUCCAUGGUUUAAUAGUCUCUUCCGGUCAGAGUCACAACAGCUGAGUGAUGCCGGUUUGCGAAUCUUGUUGGUCGUAUUCACAUUCGUACUAGCAGCGAUCAUACCGAAUCUGGGACCAAUUAUUUCGUUGGUUGGUGCUGUGAGCAGCAGUACAUUGGCAUUGAUUUUCCCACCGUUAAUUGAAAUUAUAACGUUUUGGCCCAAUAAAUUAGGACAAAACUACUGGGUGCUGUGGAAGGACAUUGCGAUUAUGAUAUUCGGCAUUUUGGGUUUUAUUUUCGGAACGUAUACGAGUAUUGCACAAAUUCUUGAUCCUGAUAUUUAAUUAUGGUAAUCGUAAACGUGACAAUUUUAUUUAUUUUGUAAGAGAGAAUAUUUUUUACCUUUUAUUUGCCACAUGCUUGCGAUUAAAGCUGUGAAUAAUUUACCAGACUUACAGUCGUUCCAAGCGUUGUUCAUUUAGCUUUUAUUUCAAAAGAAAGCUUAGCCAUCGAAGUAUUUGACUAAUUUUUUUCUUCUUCUUAUUUUGAGAAAGAAACUGACGAAAAGACGACCGUUCAACUAUUAUGCCAAUAACGAGGCCACAAUAGUCUCUUGUCGAUCUCAGUGUAGUUGAAUUAAUUUCAAUUUGAUUUAGUGAAUUAGCGUGUGAGUGUUAACUAAGUUGAAGUUGAUGUUGAUGAACAAGCCUUCCUAUAGUUAGUACAAAAAUAAAGCGGAAACAUUUCCUUUAGAUGUGAUUGAACAGAGUUAAUCCCGUCAUCGAUUUUGUCUUCGACAUUAUGUAGCUUCAUGAGUUUUUCUUUCCCAAUUUUUACUAAUUUGACUGAAUUUUAAACAAAUUGAUCCAAAAAACCAGUUCACCCUCUGCAGUGUGCGAGAAAACUGACAACUGUUAUGAAACAUUGAGUGAAAGGCAUGCUCCUUUCUUCGAAUUUACAACGUUCUUACUUUCAACGACAAUUUUACAAUUAUUUUUUAGAAAAUCAGGGUCACACAGCUGACUGCAACAUAGGGACUUGAUAGCAAAGGGAUGACUGUUGUUGUUUUUUAAUGUAUGAGAAAAAAAAAAUGAAAAUUUAGUUGAUAUGUAGACUAUUUGUGUUGCUAUAUCGCUUUUAGGUGGAA